CGAAGUACUUCAUUUCAAAUAGUAAUAUGAAAUAUAAUAAUGCAUUGUUAGAUCACCGACGUCCAUGGGGGAGGUAACGGACACCCAAAGAAUCCACAUUCUCCUCUUGCACCAAAUCCAAUUGACAAUCAUGGAAACUUAAAAAGAGCGGACGCCGUCUGGGGCAAGACGGAGGGGAGGAGGGGGGAUGUUGAGGAUGUUGGAGGGAGGGUGGGGUGGGGGGCUCUGGAGGAAGAGGAGGCCGCCACCAGGAGAGCUCCCAGUGGACGUCGGCUGGCUGAGCAGAGCAGCAGGAGAACGACGGCAAGGUGUUGCUGCGGGAGACACACACACAUUUUUUUGGGGAGGGGGGGAAAAAAAUAUCACAUAAGUGCAGACAUGUUUGACACUUCUCACUAUCCCUUCAACUGUUUCAACUAUGAUGGAGACGCGUACGCAUCUUGUAGCACGGACCAGGAGAAGAAAAUGUGUCGGCCCGCCUACAGCUACAUCGCCCUGAUCGCCAUGGCGAUCCAGCAGAGCCCCGAGCAGAGGGUGACGCUGUCGGGCAUUUAUGAGUUCAUCAUGAGAAGGUUCCCUUACUACCGCUCCAACCAGCGGGCCUGGCAGAACUCCAUCAGGCAUAACCUGUCGCUCAACAGCUGCUUCAUCAAGGUUCCCAGGACGGAGGGAAACGAGAAGGGAAAAGGAAACUUUUGGACUUUUGCCACAGGAUGCGAAUCCAUGCUUGACCUCUUUGAAAACGGAAACUUCCGACGGCGCAGGCGCAGACGCAACAUGAAAAUCGGCCUCCGCGACACGGGAGAGGCUCCGCCCCGGCCUGCCGAGAGCCCCGGCAAACAGCGCGCGGCUGCGGUCCGCCCUCCCGAGGCGGACCCUGACCUUUGCCCUUUGAACCCCGGCAGGCCUCGGCCACGCCCCGUGCCAAACCCCCUCGCCCCGAAACCGGAGUCGGAGAUCAAGUUCAGCAUUGACUACAUCCUGUCGACCCCGGACCCGCCCGCACCUGGGGUCAGACCCUCGCAUGUUGGCCCAGCAGGACCACCCGUACACGUUCUGGAGCCUCAACACCUGAACCUGCAAUUCUGGGCCCUGUGAGGGUGUGUGUGUGUGUGUGUGGGGGGGGGGGGAUUCUGGAUCAAACUGUGAGGAUUAUUUUUUUCUUCCAAAGACGAUAGUCAUUGUAUUGACUUUAAACUCUAAUUAAAUGAGAAACAAAGUAGAAAGGUACAGUACAACGUUAUGGCUUCUAACGCAGAGAGAGAAAAAAAAAAAAAGAACAAUAUCGGAUUUAAAUAUACGGCAUGCACAGAUAGGAUAGACAAUAGUGUCCCGUAUACAUAUACACGAGCUAAAAUACAGAAUUUUUUUGUUGGUUGGACGAUGUUAAAAUCGGAAACAUUUCAUUGAACCAAAGCUCAGGAUUAGCAUGUAGGCGGCCUGUUACGCCCACACCGGCGACGCGCCCCAGCCCACUGCCUAAAUUCUUUCUUUGUCGCUGACCUUUGGAAAUCCUGAUUGACUGACACUUAAAUUCUAAUCCACUUGCUCCUUAUUAUAACACAUUAUAUGCACCUUCUUGCUAAUGAAAAAACAAAAAAACAAAACAGGUCUGGCAAACACAUAUUUCCUGUGUGAGGGAGAUCAAUCAUACUUGUGCGGCGCUGAAGGGACAUUUUUCAAUUUAACCUUUAUAUAAUGUGUUGACUACAUCGGGGAACACACUUAACAUGAGUGGCAUUUAAUAUAGCAUAACACUUGCAAGGUGAGGCCCAGAUGUGACCCUAUUUAAAUAGUGAGAGGGGGUCUGGGUAGCGGCUGAGCUUGAACAACGUCGCCCCCCCCCCCCGACUUCCUUUAUACACACACCUACAAACCCCCAAUGCGAUUCUAAUUAAACACUUUAUGCCUCCUUUGCAAAUGCCCCUCAUCGAUCCGCGCAAUUUAUUUAUUUUUUU